AUGUCAUCGACGAGAGCGCGGCGGAGCGACGGCCGGCAGUUCGGGGUGGGCGGCCGGUGGCGGCACGUGGCGGUGGUCGACACGGGGUGUCGGUGCCGCCCGCGCCGCCAGAGGCUGGCGUCCUUCCUCUGGCCGUCCACGAAGCCGCCGGUGACGAGGAGCAGCAGCAGCUCCCAUCCGUCAUCCUUGUUCCCCUCCUCCGCCUCCACCGCUUCCUCGGCCUCCGCCCGCGUCUACAAGCACCAGCAGGAGCCCUACGGGGCGACGGCAAAGGCGUCGCCGCCGGUUGCGACGAAGAAGGUGGGCAGCAACCCGGCGAAAAAGAGGCGCGAGAAGAUGGCAGCAGCGGCGGCCGAGGAGGAGGAGGUUGGGGUGGCGGUGGAGAAGGAGUCGUCGGACCCGCGCGGCGACUUCCGUGACAGCAUGGUGCGGAUGGUGGUGGAGAUGGGGCUCUGCGACUCGGACGGCCUCCGCUCCAUGCUUCGCCGCCUGCUCGCCCUCAACGCGCCGCCACACCACGCCACCAUCCUCGCCGCCUUCGCCGAGGUCUGCGCCCAGCUCGCCUCGGAGUCUUCAGCGCCGCCGCCUCCGGCGUAUCAAUACACGAGUGACGAGUGACCAUUCGUCGGCUCGGCAAGCCGGCCGGCCAGGUCGUCUGCUCUGCUCGUGUUUCUGUUCUGUGUGGUCUCAAGAUCCUGGCACCACCUGGUGUACACAUAAACCUGCGACUACCAAUAGUGUCGUAUAAUGUGUGUGCUUGUGUGGCCUUCAGUUUUGCAUGAAGGUCAUCAAGGAAGCUUG